AGAGAGAAGCCGACAAAACGCAGUCACCUAACCCAUAUGACAGCAAAGUCUCGGGCUGAAGUGUCAUCGACGGCAAGAACAAGCUCUUUCUUCUUACCCGACAUCACUGAACUUAAAAAGUCUCCAUCUUUUUGCUCUUCUUCAGCUCCAAGAAUACUGCCCCUCUCUGGUUUUGUCUCAGAUUCGGAUUUUCUCCAUCGAUGGUCAGUUCUAAGGAAGAACGAGGAUUUUGAAUUGACCGUCGUCGUCAUCAUCAUCAUCGUCUUCAAAUGAAAGCAACUGGCCUUUUGUUAAUUUUCCAGACACCUUCUUUGACUCUUCAACCCAUUUCCGGGCUUUGUCUGAAACUCUCAACCCCACGAAUUCGAAGAUCAAUUGAACAAAGUCUGAACCUUUACGUGAGUGGCGAAAACCAAUGAUUUCCCGAGUCUGUUUCCUUCUCUUCCUCGGUUUUCUCCUAUCAGAGAUUACAGCUCACGACCUCAAGCGUGCGAGGAUCAUUAUCGAUGGGACGAGACGAGUUUCUGAGACUGACGAGAACUUCGUCUGUGCAACCAUUGACUGGUGGCCUCAUGACAAGUGCAACUACGAUCAGUGCCCUUGGGGCUACUCCUCGGUGAUCAAUAUGGACUUGUCUCAUCCUCUUCUUGCCAAAGCUAUACAAGCUUUCGGUCCGUUGAGAAUAAGGAUAGGUGGUUCACUGCAAGAUCAAGUGAUCUACGACGUAGGAAACCUGAAGAGUCCUUGCCAUCCAUUUAAGAAGAUGGACAACGGGUUGUUCGGGUUUUCCAAGGGUUGUUUACACAUGAAACGAUGGGAUGAGCUCAACACUUUCCUGACUGAAACCGGGGCAAUGGUGACAUUUGGGUUGAACGCGUUACAUGGGAGACAUAAGCUCGGCGGAAAUGCAUGGGGAGGGGCAUGGGAUCAGACCAAUGCUCUAGAUUUCAUGAACUACACUGUCUCAAAGGGUUACCGUAUAGAUUCAUGGGAGUUCGGCAACGAGCUGAGUGGAAGCGGCGUCGGUGCAAGCGUAAGUGCGGAGCAUUAUGGGAAAGAUGUGAUUGUACUGCGAGAUAUCAUCAACCAACUGUACAAAAAUUCCCGAUCAAAGCCUUCGCUUAUUGCUCCUGGAGGGUUCUAUGAACGAGAAUGGUACACAAAGCUUCUUCAGAUCUCGGGGUCUGGAGUUCUCGAUGUCGUGACUCAUCAUAUGUACAAUCUCGGUCCAGGAAAUGAUCCGAAACUCAUUGAUAAGAUAUUGGAUCCGAAUUACUUGCAAGGGGCAUCGAAAACGUUUGAAAACGUUAAUGAAACCAUUCAAGAAUACGGUCCUUGGGCGUCUCCAUGGGUCGGAGAGUCGGGAGGGGCUUACAACAGUGGAGGCAGAGGUGUUUCCGACACAUUCGUCAAUGGCUUCUGGUAUCUGGAUCAGCUCGGUAUGGCGUCUGAGCGAAACACAAAGGUUUACUGCAGGCAAACGUUAGUUGGAGGGUUCUACGGUCUGCUCGAAAAGGACACAUUUGUUCCAAACCCUGAUUAUUACAGUGCACUUCUCUGGCAUCGGCUUAUGGGGAAAGGCGUUCUAGCCGUUCAGACGGAUGCGUCGCCCCAUCUACGUGCAUAUGCUCAUUGUUCCAAAGGAAGAACAGGCGUAACGAUACUUCUGAUAAAUUUCAGCAAGCAGUCGGCUUUCGUGGUCAGUUUUCACAACGGCAUGAACAUUGUCAUGAAUGCAGAACCGAGGAAGAAGAAAUCCUUCUUAGAUACUCUCAAGAACCGGGUUUCUUGGGUCGGAAGCAAGGCCUCGGAUGGAUACUUGUUCAGAGAAGAGUACCAUCUUACACCUAAAAACGGUAACUUGCGAAGCAAGACAAUGCUUCUGAACGGUAAACCAUUGAACCCUACAGCCACCGGAGACAUACCGAGGCUUGAACCAGUCCGGCGAGGCGUGAAGUCACCUGUAUAUAUCAUGCCUUUGUCCAUGUCCUUCAUCGUCUUCCCCAACUUUGAUGCUCCGGCUUGUUCUUAAUGAAAUCAUGAAAAAAAGAAGAAAUUGUAAGUUUUUUGUUUUGGGAAUUGUAUCUAAAUCUGGUUUGUAUUUGCAUUUUCAUAAUUGGAUGUUGACAAGAAGCCCAUCCAAGCAAUUCUUCUGUUCUAAUAAAACCAUUCUUCAUAGGUUU